AUGAACAGCAGUGGAAGCAACAGCAGCAGCAGAAAUAGCAGCAGCAACAGCAGCAGCAGCAGCAGCAGCAGCAAAGCAGCAGCAGCAGCAGCAGCAGCAGCAGCAGCAGCAGCAGCAGCAGCAGCAGCAGCAGCAAUAGCAGAGCAGAAACAGGGAAAGGAUGAACAGCAGUGGAAGCAACAGCAGCAGCAGAAAUAG